AUGUCAACAAUUACAUUUGUUACAGGAAAUGCAAAUAAGCUUCGUGAAGUAGUUGCAAUUCUUUCCACAUCUACGUCAUCACGGAACCCUUCAACUGAUUCUUCAUCGCUGGAAGUCAAUACUGUUGGUAAAUUCACUAUUGAGAAUCGUGCAUUGGAUCUUGAUGAGGUUCAAGGAACAACAGAGUCGAUUAUUAUCCACAAGGCUCGUUCUGCAGCCAGUAUAAUUGGUGGACCCGUUUUGGUUGAGGAUACGUGUUUGGGGUUUGACGCAUAUAAGCAGUUGCCAGGACCAUAUAUCAAAUGGUUUGUUUCUGCAUUAGGUCUUGAUGGAUUGGUGAAGAUGCUUGAUGGGUUUGAGGACAAGAGUGCUAGUGCUAUUUGUACAUUUGGAUAUUGCAGUGGGCCUGGAGCAGAUGGAGAAGAACCAGAGGUUAAAGUGUUUCAAGGGGUUACAAGGGGUAAGAUUGUGCAGAGCAGAGGCCCAACCAAUUUUGGGUGGGAUAGUGUUUUCCAACCAGAUGGAUAUGAAGAGACAUAUGCUGAGAUGGAUAAGAGUGUGAAAAAUAGUAUUAGUCAUAGAUACAAGGCUUUGGACAAGGUGAGAGAGUAUCUUCUUAGUUUGUGA